CCCCCGCCACCGCACAUGCCCAGAAGGGCGGGAGCCGCGGCGAGCCAGGGCGCUGCUGUGACAGCGGCGGCGCUUUCCCUUCCGUGGGUGGGUGGGGGCCGCGCCGCGCCCCCCGGCCCGGCCUGGCCCGGCCCGGCGGAAACACUGCGCCGGCCGCCUGCUCGCCCAGUGCCUUCCCCGCCGCGCCCCGAGCCCGCUGCCGCCGCGGGGCGGGAGGCGGCCAUGUCGCUAUUGUCUGCGCUGGUGCCCUUGCUCCGGGUGUACUGCAUCGGCCUCCGCGUCAUCCUGCACCAGCUGCGCCGCCGCUUCCAGCCGCGGUGCGCCCCGGCCUCAGCUUUCCCUACACAAAAUGGAAAGGUUGCUAUAGUGACUGGAGGCACUAAAGGAAUUGGUUACCAAACUGUGAAGCAUUUGGCAAGACUUGGCAUGCAUGUGAUAAUAGCUGGAAACAGUGAAAGUGAUGGCCAAGAAGCGGUGAGAAAAAUAAAAGAAGAAACUUUGACUGGAAAAGUGGAGUUUUUAUACUGUGAUUUGGCUUCCAUGAAGUCUAUACGGCAAUUUGUGCAGCAGUUUAGAGCAAGGAAUUGUCCACUCCAUGUCCUGGUGAAUAAUGCUGGGGUGAUGCUGGUCCCUGAAAGGAAGACGGAGGAUGGGUUUGAGGAGCACUUCGGCUUGAACUACUUGGGACACUUCCUGUUGACAAACCUCCUCUUGGAUACGCUGAAGCAAUCAGGAACGCACAGUCACAACGCUAGGAUCAUCACUGUCUCAUCAGCCACCCAUUAUGUAGGCAAAUUGCACCUAAACGACUUACAAAGCAGAUGUUCGUAUUCACCCCAUGGAGCCUAUGCCCAAAGCAAACUUGCCCUUGUGUUAUUUACCUAUCGACUACAGCAUCUUCUGACUGCAAAUGGAAGCCAUGUGACUGCUAAUGUAGUAGACCCUGGAGUAGUGAAUACUGAGCUCUACAAGCAUGUCUUUUGGGUUGUGAAAGUGGUCAAAUGGAUGACAGCCUGGCUAUUUUUCAAGGGCAUUGUAAUUGUUCUGCUGUAUCAGGACAAGAGUGCAAUAAGAAGGACGUAUUUGUCACUGACCCCAGAGGAAGGAGCUUCUACAACCAUCUAUGCAGCAGUAUCACCCGAGGUGGAAGGAGCUGGAGGCUGCUACUUUUACAACGAGGAAAGGACAAAAUCGGCUGACGUAGCAUAUGAUGAGGAGCUGCAGAGAAGGCUCUGGACAGAAAGCUGCAAGAUGGUUGGGAUUUCUGAUGAAGCCAGCAGGCUUCCUUAGAAGAAGCCGCUUUCAGCUGGGUAAAUUAAAUGCAUUGAAAAGCAUCUUAGGUGAAUUCUUGCAGCAUCAGUCAUCAUCCUGGAAAUCACUGUUCAGUCCCAAAGGCAAACGUGAACAGCUCUGUUCUUCACUUGAAUCCCUAAUCUGAUAGGGUGUGGGGGGAAUAUUCCCACAGAAAGGUGUAGUGGUUGGUUUUAAAUCUAACCAUCAGUUUUGUAAAUCAUUCUGUUUCAGUCCGUGAUUAAAAUACAAUCUUUAAACAUGUGCA